AUGGAGAACCUUUUAGCCCAACAAACUAACUUCAUGGCUCAACAAGGUAAGCAAAAUGAGAAGACUGAUAAUGCAAUUCAACAAAUUCAAGCUCAGAACAAGCUCUUGGAAAGUCAAAUAAGCCAACUUGCACAUCAGGUGGGCCAAUUAUCAAAAGCUCCAGGUCAUUUUCCAGGUAAUAGUGAACAACCAUCUAAGGGUCAUAUCAAUGCUGUGAUUUUGAGGAAUGGAAAAGAGCUACAAGAUCAUCCUUUGAAGGAGCCAUCAAAAAGAACUGUGGAAGAGAUGGUUCAAACUGAGAAAGCGGUAGAGAACGAGAUUAUUGAAGAAGAGAAGAAGAAGGAACCUACUCCUACUCCUAUUCGGCCAUACACGCCACCAGUUCCAUUCCCACAAAGGUUGGCCCGUGCAAAAUUAGAGAAGAAAUAUGGGAAGUUCCUUGAUAUACUGAAGAAGUUGCACAUAAACAUACCAUUCUUGGAGGCUAUCUCUGAGAUGCCAUCUUAUGCAAAAUUUCUGAAAGACAUGCUCUCAAACAAGCGGAAGAUCGAGGAAAAUGCAACUGUUUCACUUACAGCAGAAUGUAGUGCUAUUUUGCAGAAUAAGCUUCCCAAGAAGCUAGGGGAUCCGGGUAGCUACUCUAUUCCUGUGAAGCUUGGAGAUUGA